AUGUCUUCACUUCCGAAAGAUGUUACACUUGCCAGCGGUUUCACAAGUACGAAGCAUAGCAAACCAAGCCAAGCUCUGGAUCCUCGCCAUAAUACAUUGCCAAAUGCGCUAAACGUCCUCGUUAUCGGCGCAUCUCGUGGAAUCGGGGCCGGAAUAGCAUGCGCAUACGCGCAAGCCGGUGCUGCCUCCCUGAUUCUUGCGGCACGGCCUUCCUCCGCCGAAGAAAUAGCAGCAGUCACACAGCAAGCUAAAGCUCUGAACCCCUCGGUCUCCGUCAAGAGUCUACCAGUCGACAUCACCUCAAAUCAAAGUGUCGCACAGCUUGCGACAAGCGUGAGAGAGGAAUUCGGGAGACUAGACAUUGUCAUUUUCAACUCUGGGUAUUCAGGACCGGUGGUACUCAAGAUGGAUGAAGGCAACCCGCAAGAUUUCCAGGAUGUGUUCAAUAUCAAUAUUCAGGGAGCAUAUCUUAUUGCACACCACUUCAUUCCUUUGUUGAAAGAGAGUCACGGCGCUAAGACAUUCAUUGCUAUUAAUUCAUUUGCCUCCUGCAUCAUCAACGGGCAUAUCGCCAACACUGCGUACUGCAUUUCAAAGUUCGCACAAGCUCGACUGGUUGAGUUUUUGUCGGAACAGUAUAGCAAAGACGGUAUUCUGGCUAUAGCUUCCGACCUUGUGAGUCUGCUUCUCUUGUUCUUUCUCGAUUAUUCUGACCGCGUAGAUCUCACCGAUGAUGUCAGCCUCUGUGGUGCGUUCUGUGUAUGGCUAAGCCAUGAGAAGCGGAUGUGGCUGGGCGGAAGGUUACUGGGUGCAACAUGGGAUAUCGAUGAACUGCUCCAGAAGAAGUUCGAGAUCGAGAGCCAGGACUUGUUGAAAUUUGGCUACAAAGUCGGUAAUGUAUCUGCGGCAGGUCAAGGUACCUGA